UGCAACAAGGAGGUACCUGAGAAGCAAACAAAUUGCCUCGACGUUGCUAUGAGACUAUCCGAGUAUGCUGUCAAAGUUUUCGACCCAGUCAAGUUCAAGGUUUCAACUGCUUGCAAGAAAAUUGGUGUGUGUGGAAUUUAA